GCGGGGGAGGGGUGACGGUCAGAGUCGAGUGGCUGCGCGCGGGCCUGCAGCGACCCGCUCCCCUCGCUCUGGAGGAGGUUCUAUUGAUCUCUGAAGGUCAGGGCUUGAGCCCUGCUGGAUAGAAAAGCUGUCUUUUCACAGCCAUGCUAACUGCGGGAUGAAGCUAGAGGCUGUUGUUGAGCAGCUGCAGAAGCAGCAGCAGCAACAGCAGCAAGGUCCUCUGCAGAUGGAUUCCAGAGAGAGACAGCAGAGGCAGAUGAGAGAAGCCCAGCUGCUUUAUACUCAGCAGCUGGCAGCACAGCAGGCUGUUCUAGCAGCCACAUCUGGCAGGGCUUCGGGCAGCCAAGCACUUGGUCCUUUGGCCAAAGUUCCACCUGUAGUUGGGGCCAUCCGAGCUUUUGAUCACAGCAGUGUGACCUCAGAGCCGGAAGAGGAUGAAGAAGAGGAUGAAGAAGAAGAGGGUUUGGAAGAUGGAGAUCUGGAGGAGGACACUGAAAUGACUGGGAAAGAUGCCUGUUCUACUUUGAAGUAUUUUCAUUCUCAAAAAGUUGCCCAUCACAACCAAAGAGUGGCUUCUACUUCGAAUCCUCUUCCAGCCCCGGAACUUCAGCGGGGACAGCAGGAAAAGGACGAACAGGGUAAAGACACUACUAAACAAUCAUGUUCUGGUUCCCCAUCUGGGCUGCAGACCUGGAGAAUGGAUGAGCAGCUCAAGCAGAAUGGAAGUCUGACUUGGAGCGAAGAAGCUGACGGAGGCCGAGGAAGAGAAAUCUCUCGAGAUUUUGCCAAGCUGUACGAACUGGAUAGUGACCCUGAACGGAAGGCGUUCCUGGAUGACCUCUUCAUCUUUAUGCAAAAGAGAGGAACUCCCAUCAAUCGGAUCCCCAUCAUGGCGAAGCAGAUCCUGGAUCUCUAUAUGCUCUACAAACUGGUUACUGAGAAGGGAGGGCUGGUGGAAAUCAUAAAUAAGAAGAUAUGGCGGGAGAUCACCAAAGGCCUUAACCUGCCCACCUCCAUCACCAGUGCAGCGUUUACACUUCGGACCCAGUAUAUGAAGUACUUAUAUGCCUACGAAUGUGAGAAGAAGUCCCUAAGCUCUCCUGCCGAGCUGCAGGCUGCGAUCGACGGCAACAGGCGGGAAGGCAGACGGCCCAGCUACAGCUCCUCCUUGUUCAGUUAUUCACCCACCGCCACGGUGCCUCCUUCCCUCCUGUCUCCUCCAAAGCUCCGCUUCCCGAUCAUUGGCCUGGCCCCAGGCAGUGGAACCAGCAACUCCCGUCUCUCUCCAGUGGCAGCUCUCAGGAAAGGCGAUGGCAUCCCCCUGACUGUGUCCAUGCCAAAUCGCAUUGCCAUGCCAGUGACCUUGGCUAACCAGCAGGCAACUGUAGCAGCAAGGACAGCCACUCUGGAACAGCUGAGGGAGAGGCUGGAGGCUGGAGAGCCGCCGGAGAAGAAACUCUCACGGAUGACGGAGGAGGAGCAGCGGCUUGUCCAGCAGGCACUUCAGCGCAACCUGUUCAGCAUGGCGCGGCAGAUCCCCAUGAAGAUCAAAAUCAAUGGCAGGGAAGAUAAACCAGAUGCCACGGCGGCGGCAGCAGCAGCAUUGCAUUUGUCACCCAGCGGCAUUGGGAGUAUUAACAUGUCUGUGGAGAUUAACGGCACAAUCUAUGCUGGAGUACUGUUUGCCCAGAAGCCCGUCGUCCAUCUAAUUGCAGGAUCCAGCACCCAAAGCACCUGCAGUAGCAGCAGCAGCUCCCACUGCUCUCCUAGCCCGACCUCGUCCAGGGGCACCCCCAGCGCAGAGCCCUCAACCAGCUGGUCUCUCUGACGGAUGGGGGAGUGGGCUCUCUCUCUCAUUGGCCUCAGGCAGCUCUGCCCUCUCCGUUCAAGGCAGAGAGCAAGCCAGGAAGGAGUCGCACAGAUUACCUCAUCUCAAGGAACCUGCUUUGCGGUUGGUCAAUGGCCAGAUGAUGAAACCUUCUGUGCUGGCACGUUUGCAUUGCCUGUUUGUCCAGCCUUUUUUAUUAUUUUUUCAGGUUUGACUGUGUUCCUGCUGGGGGGUUGGGGUGAAGGGAAGGGGACAUGCGGAAUUUUUCAAUCAGGGAUUGUCUCUAGGGGCUGUGGGUUUGCAGAUGACUGAGACAUCAUCAUGGCAGGUGGAAGGAGCAAGGAGGUAGUAAUUGGGGUGGGGGAAGGGUUCCUGUUCUCUAAUCAACAGUUGCGUGGACUUCCCUAUUGUAACACAGUGUAUUGACAAUCCUACCCCCAGAGGGACUUUGGUCUCUUUUCCCCUUGUAUUUGUUCCCUCUUGUGGUCACUUGCAGAGCAGUCGUGCAGGUUGAUAGCGAGCAAGUCUCAUCUAGUUGCCCAUUCUGUCUCCACUGUGUUCAGCCUCCUGAUGCUGUCUCCUUUGUGUUAGACUAGGCUGAAGGGCAAAUGGUCACUAAUGCUGGAUUCACAGGAGACUUGCAUCACUUCUUCUUCCUUUGGCAACUACCUCUCUAGGGUCCUGACAGCACACAGAGGACUCUCCCACCUCUGUUUCUGAUACACGGAGAUGGAGAAGGUCUUUUAGUCCAGCUAGUCGUCUCCCAUGGCAAGUGCAAGCCUGGACCCUACUGUUUUUUCCAGGUCUUUGCUCAGCCUAGUUUUGAAUGACCCUUGCACUGCUUCCCUUGGGGGAGCGUUGGACAGGCUAAAUAAACUCACCACUGAAGCCUUUAUCCUUAUAGUCAUCCUGACUUUUCUUUUGCUUGAUGGUUGCUCCUAGUUCUAGCCCCUUGGCCCUCGACAGAACUGGGUUUGCACCAAAUGUUGAUUUCCUGCAGCGCUUCCUCUCCUGUAUGUUUCAUUAGCCUCUCCAUUCUGUCCCCACAUGUCGGCUACGGGCCACUGUCACCCAAAGGAGAUACGAGGUGACGCUGACAAUCUGCUGAGCUGUGUGU